AGAGGGUAACUCAGAUACAGACCUCCCCUAUGAACAAGUAACUCACUUGGCUUCAGAUUCAACUUAAGCAGGAUACAUGUAAGCGGGAGGGACACACGACCACCUCUUCUCACUUCUCUCACCCUCACAGUGCACCUCUACACCUUUCUUUCCACACUGACACCAUAGUUUAGCUUUUCUAUUUUACAAGUAUUUUUGUGAUAGAUUGGCAUUUAUCGCAACUUGAUUUUCAAUAUCACCUGGGCACUUCUUUUCGAACACCAGAAGAAACUGCUAUCUUACGACCCACAGGAAUCUGCUUAAACGAGGAACAGAACUUUUCCACUUUAUAGUUCAAGAAUUAAACAACACCAUGAGUCUUAAAUCUGAUACAUGUACCGAGACGAACAAUGUAUCCUUGGAAGAGGAGGUGCGCACACUGUUUGUGAGUGGCCUCCCCACAGAUAUCAAACCACGUGAACUUUAUCUGCUGUUCAGACCAUUUAAGGGUUAUGAGGGUUCACUGAUUAAAUUAACAUCAAAGCAGCCUGUUGGGUUUGUUACCUUUGACAGUCGUUCUGGCGCUGAAGCGGCAAAAAAUGCAUUAAACGGGAUCCGUUUUGAUCCAGAAAGUCCACAGACCCUACGCUUAGAGUUUGCUAAGGCCAACACCAAGAUGGCCAAGAGUAAACUGAUGGCCACACCGAACCCCACAAAUAUCCACCCUGCUCUAGGGGCGCACUUCAUAGCACGGGACCCAUAUGACCUGACGGGGGCAGCGUUGAUCCCUGCCUCUCCUGAAGCCUGGUCCCCUUACCCACUGUACACCACGGAGCUGACCCCUGGUCUGCCCCACACAGCCUUCACCUAUCCUGCUGCUGCCGCUGCUGCUGCGGCCCUACAUGCCCAGUCUUCCGCAGUUGGCCAGGCGGUGACUCUGCCCCCUCUCUUCUCCAGAUGCGCUGGUACCCCUCUCCCUCAGACGCCUCCCAGCCUGGGUGGAAGUCCCGUCAGUUCUGUUAGAUCAUUUAAUCUACAUCCCAGGGUCGGAUUCCCACUGGAGUGAGACGACGCAGAGCUCUUUAAUUUAAUCAGGUUUAUUUAAUGGAUAAUUUACACUGUGGAUGAUGUUUCAUUUAGGAAACGGUCAGGCGGAGUUUGAAGUUUAAGUUUUUUUUAUUUUCUUUUUCUCUCUUUCCACAAUCACAUUCUGAUGCUGUGUGAUGACUGUGAUGGUACAGACAUGGCACUUGCAGCAACAAGAACAAAAAAAUAUUCCGAGCUAUUUUCUUUCCUGAUAGUGGAGGAGAGGGAAGGGGAGGGGGUGUUGCAAAGAUGGGGGGGAAAAGGGGGGGGGGGGGGGGGUGUAAAAAAAAAACAAAAAAAAACAGUAAAUGAAUGAAGUGACGAAGCUGCUCUUUUCAUAGGGAGGGACUGGGUCUGGCUGGGUUGAGACAAGAGGCAACACUAGUGCAUGUCUCCUUUACUGGCAUGAUGUAGAAUGUAUGGUUCUGUGUUUGUUUUACAGUACAGUCCGUUGCCUCAUCCCCCGCCACCCUUUCCCCAGUAAUUUCUUUAUCUUUUGUCUUCUAUGUUUAUUAUCUUUAGUCUCGCUCCUGUUUAAAAAAAAAAAAAGAGAGAGAAGAAAACUACUUUGAAAUGUGUAAUGCAAGGCGGUGUUGAACUUAAUGGUAUUUUUAUGUUCUUGAGCAAGUUUUGCAUGCAUUGAUUUUCUUUGAGUUCAGCAUCACCUUUGCAGAAAAAAAGACAUAUGAGUGGAGCCAAUAUAUGUAGAGCAUCGAGUUGGUAAGUGGCCAUUACUGCAACCUUGUAUGACAAUCCUGUCUUGCCAAACUAUUGAUGUCCAAGAGUAUAUUUGAACAAAACAAGUACAAGUAUUUUUGUACUUUUUGUGCAAUGUAUAUUUAUGCAUUUUGUUUGUGAAAUUAAAUCUGUACAAGGUAAUA